AUGGCUCCGACGGAAUCCGAGGUCUUGGAGAACUACCUCCUGCGACCCUCCAGCCUGAAUGCCAUCAUGACGUUCGAGCACUUCGCCGAGCGGUUCCCCCCCGCCCAGCGCGACAAUCCCCAAAUCCGGUUAUUGUGGCAGGAUCUCGUGGCGCAACGCGACAAAGCACUUGAAGAAGUCCAAUCCAACAUCGAGGCCGAGGCGACCCUGGGCCAGGCAAUGAAGAAGGAGCUGCUGAGGGUAAAGAGAGAAGCUGCCAAAGGCGAAGUAGAUGGCGAAGUAGAGCUGGAGCGAGCACUAUUCGGCAGCCUCUCCGGAGCAAAACCUGCGAAGCAUUCCCUCACCUCGAUCAUCCCCGAAGUGGACGGAGCCGUCAAAGCCCUCGACGCCGAGAUUGAACGACUAAAGAGCGAGGAGGCGGAACUGCUUGAGUCGACCAGGCAAAUUAUCGGCGGCCUGAGCGAUCUCCGCUACGGCAAAUUCGCCAAUGCGCAGAUCAAAGACGAAGUCCUGGAUAGUUUAACAGCGCUGCAGGACGUCUGCAAUCGCCCCUCGUGA